AGAAGAGAUCGUAUCCGAGUUUUCUUUGAAGAACAUAACAUUAUAUUCUCAGGUACCCAAGUUCCCUUUUUUCCUAGUAUUUUAGGUUGAAUACUCGGUUCCUGCCGCAGAUUUCUUUGGUUGUGAACCUGCAUUGAGGUGUUAUCUUUCAUUUCUCUCCUCUUGUUUCUUUUUUCUCUUAAGGCUUUGUUCUUCCUUAUACUCUUAAUCUCAUGCCAUCUCCAUCGAAAUCUUAAAGGUGACGCAUUUUUCAAUGAAUUCUUCUGUUUCAAGUCCAUUCUAAUCUUUUAAACGGUAUCCUAUAAGCCUCUUGGCUCUUUUAUUUGAUAACACCAAUCAAGUUUGAUUCAAUUCUACGUGGGAGGGCUUUGGAGAUGCAACACCAAUUGAUUCAACUCCAACAAGAGUUAAAGUUGGCAAAGGAGGAGAAAUCCCAAGCUCUCCAAGAGCUCGAAGAGUUGAGAUGGAGGAUGUCAUCCGACAAAAAUGCUUUCAGGAAUUCAGUACGUUCGAAGGCUAAAAUGGAAAUGUUAGAGGCGGAGUUGGAGAAAGCAAGGGAAUCAGAAAGAAAAUUGCUGGAGUCCCUCACCUCCCAAACAAAACAACUCGAGCAGACCAAGAUAUCGCUCGAAGAAGCCAAGCUGGAGAUAAGGUCCCUCAGUGAUAGCAUCAAAAUCUUGGAGGGCUCUGCCAACCGAGGUCACAAAAUACUUGGGAAGAGCAUCACAUUGGAUGCGGUUCGCGGCAAUGAGGAGAUUGGGGUGCUGAAGACUGAGCUUAGGCUAGCUUUGGAAGCAGAAGAAAAGAGCAAGAAGGCCAUGGAUGAUUUAGCUAUGGCCCUCAAAGAAGUGUCAACAGAAUGCAAUAAGGUGAGGGAGAAGCUCUCGCAAGCCCAAUCGGAGUUAGGUAGCACAAGGGCUGAAAAUGAACACCUCAAGUCUAGGCUAAAACAUGCAGAGGAGAAGCUUAGGGUGGCAAUGGAAGAGUCUAGGAGGGUGAAGUUUGAGGCAGAGGAAACAAUUGCUACUUGGAGUGAAAAGGAAAAUGGGUUCAUAAAAUGUAUGAAGAUGUCCGAAGAAGAGAUUACUGGUUUGAAACGAGAGAAUGGCAGAUUGGUUGAUUCACACAGGGCAGCAAGAGAAGAGAUUUCUAAGCUUCGGGACAUAUUAAAACAAGCAAUAAACGAGGCUAAUGUGGUUAAAGAAGCCUUGGAGAUUGCUAGGACUGAGAAUUCUCAGCUCAAGGAUAUGCUAUCAGAGAAGGAUAAGGCAUUGCAAAGCAUGAAGCAAGAAUAUGAAUGCCUCAAGGUCAGUGAAGCUGCUGCUCUUGAUAGUGUUAAGGAGCUGCAGAGCUUGCUUGUUGCCACAUCUUCUAUGGAUUUAAGCAGAAACACCAAUCCUUUCGAGAGUGAAUCGUUAUUACCCGCAAAAGCAGUGGCGAAUGAGGUGAGAGCUGGUAGACCAACGGUAAGAUUCCCAUCGGAUCAGUGGAAAGUUGACUUAAAAAGCCAAGCUGGGGGCAGGCAUUCAUUGGGAGAUUCUGAAAGGUUUGAGGGAUCUAUAUUUGAUAUGAUCGAGUCACCAGAGCAAAAGAAGGAUCAAACUGUUGCAUUGAUGGACAGAAGUUAUGAAAAAUCGGUGAGUUUCGAUGAUUCUGAUCACAUAAAUGGAAGACAAUUAGAAAACUCGGAGUAUGGAUGGGAAUCACCAAUGAGGCAGAGAAAGAAAAGGCAAAUUCUUCGGAGAUUUGGAGAUUUGCUGAGAAGAAGAAGCCUCCAAAAGUAGUGCUUAUCCUGUGUAUUUAUUUCAUUAUUUAGGUCUACCGAUUCAUGCAGCUUUUUUCUGCAUUCUUUUUGCAAAACUUUUUGCUUGCAUCAAAUACCAGAAAAGAAAACCAAAAAAAAAAGAAGAAGAAAGAAAGAAAACUUACACUUCGUUUAUUUUUGGCUUAUGACAUUAGCCGGGUCCCAUUUUCUUUACUUUUUAAAGUUGUUUUAUGUGGUUCUUUCUCAAUAACAAGGAAAGUGGUUCUUUCUCAAUAAAAAGGAAAUUGUUU